GAUCCGGAGCGACCCGAGCAUCAGCGAGAGUAGCUGCGAGAAGCCGCGGCGGCGGCGGCGCGUCGGUGCAGUUGCGCCAUCUGUCAGGAGCGCAGCCGGCGGGGAGGGGGCUCCGCGGAGAGGAGGAGGGGUCGCCGUGCGCCGGGCCUCCGAGACCCGCCCGCCCUCCCGCCGGCCAGGAGCACAGCGAGGCCGCCUAGAGCCGGAUCGCUCCGAGGACUCCCCGGGCGCACACAAAGCCACCGCCCGCGCCAGCCAGGGAGGGACCGCGCUGCCGGGCCGAGGACACCGGCGCCGCCCCCUCGGCGCUUCGCGAGGCCCACGAGCUCCCGGGCUCAGCCGCGGAGCCGCCGGUGCAGCCUGGGCCUCGCCUGAGGAGGGCAGAGAGAAGACCAUGUGAAUGUGCUCUGGAGCCGAGCGCCACGCCACACAGUGUUUGGAAAGAACAGGAUGCUGAUCUAGAUGUGGAAAAAAGCCGGUCCUACCCGUGGUUUAGAAGACAUGUGGUGUAUAUAAAGUUUGCGAUAGUUGGUGGAAAUUUGGGAACUUGGAUAAUGGGCUGUGUGCAAUGUAAGGAUAAAGAAGCAGCGAAACUGACGGAGGAGAGGGACGGCAGCCUGAACCAGAGCUCCGGGUACCGCUAUGGCACAGACCCCACCCCUCAGCACUACCCCAGCUUCGGCGUGACCUCCAUCCCAAACUACAACAACUUCCAUGCAGCUGGGGGCCAGGGACUCACCGUCUUUGGGGGUGUGAACUCUUCCUCUCACACUGGGACCCUGCGUACGAGAGGAGGGACAGGAGUGACACUCUUUGUGGCUCUUUACGACUAUGAAGCACGGACGGAAGAUGACCUGAGUUUUCACAAAGGGGAAAAAUUUCAAAUACUGAACAGCUCGGAAGGAGACUGGUGGGAAGCCCGCUCCUUGACAACGGGGGAAACUGGUUACAUUCCGAGCAACUAUGUGGCUCCAGUGGACUCUAUCCAGGCAGAAGAGUGGUACUUUGGAAAACUUGGCCGAAAAGAUGCCGAGAGACAGCUCCUGUCCUUUGGAAACCCAAGAGGUACCUUUCUUAUCCGCGAGAGCGAAACCACCAAAGGUGCCUACUCACUUUCCAUCCGGGAUUGGGAUGAUAUGAAAGGAGACCAUGUCAAACAUUAUAAAAUUCGCAAACUUGACAAUGGUGGAUACUAUAUCACCACGCGGGCCCAGUUUGAAACCCUCCAGCAGCUUGUACAGCACUACUCAGAGAGAGCCGCAGGUCUCUGCUGCCGCCUAGUAGUCCCCUGUCACAAAGGGAUGCCACGGCUUACCGAUCUGUCUGUCAAAACCAAAGAUGUCUGGGAAAUCCCUCGAGAAUCCCUGCAGUUGAUCAAGAGACUGGGAAAUGGGCAGUUUGGGGAAGUAUGGAUGGGUACCUGGAAUGGAAACACAAAAGUAGCCAUAAAGACUCUUAAGCCGGGCACAAUGUCUCCAGAAUCCUUCCUGGAGGAAGCACAGAUCAUGAAGAAGCUGAAACACGACAAGCUGGUGCAGCUCUAUGCCGUUGUGUCUGAGGAGCCCAUUUACAUCGUCACAGAAUACAUGAAUAAAGGAAGUUUGCUUGAUUUCUUAAAAGACGGUGAAGGGAGAGCUCUGAAAUUGCCAAAUCUUGUCGACAUGGCAGCACAGGUUGCCGCCGGAAUGGCUUAUAUCGAGCGCAUGAAUUAUAUCCACAGAGAUCUGCGAUCAGCAAACAUUCUGGUGGGGAAUGGACUCAUUUGCAAGAUUGCUGACUUCGGGUUGGCUCGCUUGAUUGAAGACAAUGAGUACACAGCAAGACAAGGUGCCAAGUUUCCCAUUAAGUGGACAGCCCCUGAAGCAGCCCUGUAUGGAAGGUUCACAAUCAAGUCUGACGUGUGGUCUUUCGGAAUCUUACUCACAGAGCUGGUCACCAAAGGAAGAGUGCCCUACCCAGGUAUGAACAACCGGGAGGUGCUGGAGCAGGUGGAGAGGGGCUACCGGAUGCCCUGCCCACAGGACUGCCCCAUCUCCCUGCACGAGCUCAUGAUCCACUGUUGGAAAAAGGAUCCGGAAGAGCGCCCCACUUUCGAGUACUUGCAGGGCUUCCUGGAGGACUACUUUACGGCCACGGAGCCCCAGUACCAGCCAGGGGAAAACCUGUGAGCACCUGCUCUUCAGAGACCUCUCGCCAGAGGCCUCCCCACCCCUCCCCAUUAGCUUCCAGUUCCGUAGCCAGCUGCCCCUGAGCAGCGAGAACCGUCCAGGAUCAGAUUGCAUGUGACUGAAGCUGACGACCUUCCACGGCCUCAUUAAUGACACUUUUGUCCCCAAUCCGAACCUCCUCUGUGAAGCAUCCGAGACAGAACCGUGUUGUUUCUCAGACUUUGGAAAUGCAUUGUAUCGAUGUUAUGUCAAAGGCCAACCUCUGUUCCGUGUAAAUAGUCGCUCCCGUGCCAACACCCCUAGUGCUUUCCUUUUUUAAAAAAGAAAAAAAAAAUGCAAAUCCUAUGUGAUUUUAACUCUGUCUUCACCUGAUUCAACUAAAAAAAAAAAAAGUAUUAUUUUCCAAAAGUGGCCUCUUUGUCUAAAACAAUAAAAUUUUUUUUCAUGUUUUAACAAAAACCGAUCAGGACAGGUGUUUGUUUUUUUUCUUUUUUAUACAUGAGUAUAUAUAUAUAAACAUAUGUUCCUGUACAUACACCAUGUGGGUGCUACCGUGGAGACUGUGGCCCACAAAGGCCACGUAGUUACAGGAUCAGAGGGAGGAUCGCUGCAGAAACCUGCAUGUCAGCACGGGUGUCAUUCCGAAAGCCGGUGGCCUCAUUUUUUGACUUCUACAAAGCAUGAAUUCCCCCCCCCCCUCCUUUGGAUUGCACUUUUCAGUUCCUGAUCAUACCUGUAGGUUAUUGUUCAUAUGACUCUUCUCAGGUCCCUGAGCUGAGUUCACACAUCUUGGGACCGGUUUUUGCUCCGGCGUACUGUGACCUGUUCUUGAGACUUGAAAGUGAGCACAUUUAAGCAAGCAGACAGUCCUGCCAGGAGAGCGCGAGACGGAGACCACACAGACUUCCUGUAUAAAUAUGAAUGCUGAAGUGUUUCAAAUGUUCUUCUUUUAUUUAAUAAAUCUUGUAACCACAUUUAAAUGGUCUAAAACCCAUAUAGCAUUGUAGUCACGGCAACCUACUAAACUUUCUCAUGCAACUAACAAUUAUGGGGAAGGCGAGGGUGGGGGGGGUGUACAUUUCCAUUGUAAAAUAAGUGUUUUAAUGUCCUGUACUGCUAAUGAAUGGCUCUCCGUGUCCAGAGUACUCCAGUCAAUAACUAUGCACUACUUUACAUUUCAUGGGGUGCACAAAAAAGGAUUACAUUUUUAGUUGCUGUUUGUACCAACCUUGAAUUACAUAUGUUUAACAACAACAGAGCAAUUCCUAUUUCUAUUGAGUUUUUUAAUACUGAAUAGCAACUCAGAAGUCUUAAUUCCUUUUUUUGUUGAUGAUUUAUUUGUGAGUUUACAUUUUUAAAUUGUUUAACUUUCUUAAUUUAGUAAUUAAAGAGAGCAUUUUACAU